GCAGUCAGGCAGAAGAGAACGCUCACUAGUCUCUUUGACUCUCAGGUCAGGCAAGCUCACUGAUCGGCGCUCGAAAAAAUGGCGACGGCCAAUACAGAAGAGGAAAAAAGCAAAAGCGAACAGCAGAAGAAUCACGGCGGUGGAGGAGGGUUCACUCGAUGGGCAGUGCUCGCCGUGAUCUUCCGUCUAAUUCUCAUUUACUUCCCUGGAAAUCUCAACUUGUCUUCUCGCCCGGAAGUCUCCACUCCGCUCACAUCCAUUCGUCGCCUGGCCGAGGGGUACUGGUUGAAGCAAUCAUCAAUGUCUCCAUAUGCAGGAUCUAUGUACCAUGGCUCUCCAUUGUUACUCUCGGUUCUUGGGCCUCUUACUGUCAAAAGAACUAUACUGACCUACUCUGUUGCCAAUGCAGAAUUGAAGGGCAGCCUAGUCACAUUUUAUGCAGUUGGAUGCAGUUUGGUUUUUGUUCUUGCAGACUUGAUCAGUGGUAUUUUGAUUCGUGCUACUGGUUGGAAGCUACAGAUGACUUAUAGGAAAAGCUUGAAGUCACUUAAUCUGCUGAAUAAAUCCACUGAUUCAGGUGGACUUUCCUCUGGAGAUAUUGCUGCUCUGGUAUACUUAUGGAAUCCUUUCACGAUAGUUGCUUGUGUGGGUUUGUCUACAUCUCCUGUAGAAAACCUUUUCACUAUACUGACCCUUUAUGGAGCUGCUACUGGGAUAGCACCUCUGGCAGCUUUUGGCUGGGUCAUGGCUACACAUUUGUCUUUAUACCCUGCAAUCCUAAUUAUUCCGGUGAUUCUUUUACUGGGGUAUGGUCCAGACGCUCCUCCUAGUAAGUUAUUCCGGAGCAAGGAAAAUGGUAAAGUCGGAGACGACACAUCAAGCCAAGACAUAAUCUUUUCAUGGGGAAGAGUCUUGCAUUUGUUAGUCUGGACUUCCAUGUGGUCAGUUUAUGUGUUGGUUCUAUGCAGCAUAUCGGUCAAGCAGCACAGCAGUCUGCAGGAAAUGUUUCAAAGAACAUAUGGAUUCAUACUUACAGUGGAAGAUCUGUCCCCAAAUAUAGGGGUUCUUUGGUACUUCUUUGCUGAAGUUUUCGACUUCUUCCGGGAUUUCUUUUUGAUAGUGUUCCAUUCAAAUAUUUUAUUCAUGAUACUUCCAUUGGCCAUACGGCUAAAGCACCGGCCUUGCUUCCUUGCUUUUGUCUACAUUGCCAUUUCUUCAAUGCUUAAAUCAUAUCCCUCAGUUGGCGACCCUGCUUUAUAUCUAGGUCUCUUGGGUUUGUUUCUUGACGAAUUAGCUGAUAUGCAGUUCUCUUUCUUCCUCUUCUGUGGGUAUGUCGGGGUGUCCCUACUUAGCCCAGUAAUGCACAAUCUUUGGAUUUGGAGGGGCACUGGCAAUGCCAACUUCUACUAUGCAACUGCAAUGGCUUAUGCUUGCUUUCAGAUUGUUUUGGUGGUGGAGAGUGUAAGUUCCAUGCUCAACCAUGACAGGAAGCUGAUGAAGCUUUCUGCCUCAAAGCUUCAAAAGUAGAAAGCUUUAAAAGCUCCUCUUAUGACCUUCUAUCUCAUAGAUCCCCAAAAUCAUCCAAGUGGAUAUUGAUCAGCUGCUCCAUUUCCAUCCAAGGUUGCUUCUGACACGCAAGGUUCACACCAUUCUUACUGUAUCGCAUACCGGAAAGUUUGGAUCUUUACGUAGUUGCUCAGAAGUUAGUGCUUGUUAACCUGGAAACUGCAUAGUGACUGAAUUUGUUAACCUGGAAACUGCAUAGUGACUGGAUUUGAUACGAUUCACAGCAACUUAAUUUGAUACCUUUCUUCUGUAUAUUGUUGUUUGUGUAUGAUCCUAUUUUGUGGUUAUCCACCUGAAGAAGUUUCCGAGUUUGGUUUAAGGUGAAAAAAGCUUUUCAGAAACAUCUACUUACAGCAUCUCAGCUACCA